AUGAGAAAUGCCGAGAUGAAGGCUCAAGUAUGUGCAUUUUUCCUCUUCUUCUUCGACGAGUACUCCAUGACUGUUUUUUGGUGCACGAAUAGUGAUGUUAUGUGUUAUGUUGCAAAAUAUUAUGCGCGAAUAUUAGAAGAAGCUUGCACAGAGAUUGAAGAUUUGGUUGAAUACUCAAGCACGAUGGAGAAUGCAGUAUGGAUGUGUAGAGAAAAAAUGAUUGAUGAAGAUGUAGAGGAAGCUUUAGAGGAGAAGAAAAUCGAUGAUUCAAGAGAUGCACAUGAUUUGAAAAGUUGCAGCAGGGAAGUUCAUGUGGGAAGUUUGGAAACUGAACUGGAUUAUGUGAACCGAAUUUUCUGGUUUCAAUGCAGGGGCUUGUUUGAAGAAAGCUUGAGAUUCAUGAAGGAUUAA